AUCGCCCUCAAGGCUCAAGGGUAGAGUCCGGACUCUGCACCGCUUCAGCACGCCUUGGUCCAGGGUAUGCAUAUCCGUCUUUUCAAGGGCGUUGAUGUCCCUUUCCAUGACGGUGAGCGCUUUGCGGAGAUUAUACCGAUCACGAGACUCGGUGACGGAUUCCAUUGUCACGGUUGAUGUAUGGACUGGCUUUCCGCCCUGGAUAGGAUCAUGAGAAAGCCUGCAGUCUUAAAUGCUUGUAACCAGCCCGAUGGUGUCGCUUGAAGGGGUGUGGCUAACGCUCUGGAUGGAUGAUCGUCGACGACGGAAAUCUCCUGGCGUUGCCCCGCGACGGGUUCGGAGCCACUCGCAGCGGUGAUAUAAUAGAGGUCAAGCCGGUACUCAGACAGACGAAGGAGCCGCAGAUUCGUAUACAAGAGAGCCACCGGAUUGUUGCCAGCUUACUGACAGACUUCAAAUCGUCUUUCCCUACAUGUCGAAGCAAGCCUCGUCUUAUUAUAUCACAAGAUAGGCAGGAGAUCUAUAUCUCUGUCGCUGAGCACAAUGCUGAUUACAUCAACUAUCUCCAGACAGGAGAUAUCCGCAACAGUCCUUUCGUGGUGAUACGCCAAUUUGGUCCCUGGAGCACUAACAGUGCCACUGCCAUGGCCGAACUGGGUCCUAUUCUUCUAGCUAUCAGCAUAAAUGCUCAGCAUUAUUAGGGGGAUGGGUUUGUUGUUAAGUCUCGUCGGUGCCCUUUCUUUGUGCAUCUAUCCUCUCAAUUAUAUGAAUU